AUGUCUACAUACGAACUACGCUACUUCUCACUUCGAGCACGAGCAGAAACGAUCCGCCUCCUCCUUCUAGCGAGCGGUUCAAAAUUCACAGAAGUCACACCAGACUGGCCAGCAGACAAGACACAACAGCCGCUAUGCCAACUACCCGUGCUCAUUGAAACCCUUGAAGAUGGCGAAAAGUUCACCUUGUCCGACUCAAUCGCCAUUGAGAAAUACCUAGCAGCAAAAGCCGGGCUCCUGGUACAAACUGGACUGAGGGCCACUGCACGUGAGAACCAACUUCGCGGUCAGAUUGAAGAUUUAUUCGCUCUCCAAGUGAGGUACGCGCGUGGUGCUGAGGGAGGCAAAGAAGCCGCUGUGGAGAGGUACAAGGUUCUCGCAGACGCUUUUGUCAAAUACCAUGAAGCGCUCUUGGCAGAGAACGGAAACAAUGGCCACUAUUUUGGGACAUCAACUACGUAUAUGGAUUUGGCACUGUUUACCUGGGUUAUGUUUCUUCGCGCGAAAAGCAAUGCUGGCAUGCUUAUUCCAGGUAGUGCGGAUUUCUUCUCAGCAGCGAAGGCGCCUGGCAUUGACAAGGUGUAUACCGUGGUCAGAGGCGACGGAAUUGCUGCAGCAUAUGUGGCUACAUUGGAGGAGUAG